AUCCAGAACUGUAAGCACUUUCAACUUUUGACAGGAAGCGGCUGGAACUUGUGGAAGCCUGUGCUGCUGUGCAUGACUCUUGAGUGAAGAGUUAUAAGACUUCUACAGCGCGAGUAUGUAUUCCUGAGGCUGUAGGCUGUAUAUGCGUGCAUGGAUGCUCAUUCAUGCCAGCGGUGGUCCGUUGUGGUCCCUUGUCUGACUUUAAUGUGGAGUUUGUAAGCAGGUGCGAGCCAGAAAUUUCAGGUUCAGCACUGUACAGGGGGUUUGUAUUGAACUAGUCAUGCCAAUGGCGGCCUUCGACACUCAAAGCUGAAACUUCAGGAGGCCUUGAAGAAGGCACAAGAACAGCUGAGGAUACGCGAGUGCCAUUUCACCGAUCAACGAGGGAUUCGCUUAGGAGACGUCAUCGUGUCUCCGAAACAAUGGCUGUCGGUGCAUUUGGUGGACGAGGCGUGGGCUUUGGAUUUGGAGCUGGCUGUGGGUUUGGAGUGGGAUGGGGAUUCGGUGGAGCCCCGCUGCAGACAUUGGGGAUCGGUGCAGGUGGCGGCUGCGGCAUUGGACUUGGCUUAGGUUGGGGUUUUGGACUUGGAUAUGGGGCACGUUACAUCGAUUCGAAACCUCGAUUUCAUGGCAUUGUCUUCAAUGGUGAUACAGAAGUCAUAGAUGAGCAGUCUUCAAGAACGCUUUCUAAAAAGGAUUGAUCAGUCAAUCAACCCAGGGCCCCGCGGUCAGAACAAAAACUUUGUAAGUGAUGUACUGCAGUGCUUUAACCAGUAUUUCUCUUAGCAGUGAGAAACCGAAUCUCUUCAAUUCGUUCGUGUGGUAUGGUGCAGGCGGAAGCCUAUUGCUUAUCCUUAGGCCACGGCCUGGGCCUGUAACUUUGUAAAGAGAAGGGUUGCUGAUUCUGAAUGGCCAGCUAGAGGUCAUUGGCGUCGUCACCGAGUGCUUUACCUGUGUGUAUAACUAGCUAAGUUCCUCAUGCAUUUAAUUACGUAAUUCGAGC